AUGGAAGAGGUGAAGAAUGAUGAAUCAGAAGGUGAACAUGGUGCUGUUAAGUCUUCCAGCCCGUCAUCCUCGAGCAUUUCAUCUUCGGCAUCGCCUCCAUCAUCAGCUUACCAACGUCUACGAAAUCCCCACCACACAAGCUGCGUGCAAGAAGCUCAGCUCUCACCGGAUGGAAGCUGCAUAUUCACCUCGGACUACAACCGGUCCUUCUCCGUCUAUCCCAUCUCCAACGACAUUGGAUCCCACACCAGCGCUCAGAGCCUCACGCCCUAUGCAUCUUUCCACUCGCCUAACCCCAUCUGGGCAUUUGGAGCCAACCCGCUGUUCAACCUGCAAGAUGCGAAUAGCACAACCGUGCUUGUUAGUCGACGAGACUCUUAUAUCACAUUGCACAAUGCCCUAUGGGACGUUUCACGAACCUACGCCAACGAGGAAAAUCCGCCUCCAACUCCCGGACCAGUCGACAUCUCGACACCUCUUGCUUCAUACAAACUAAUCAACAAUCUGACCGAAGCCAUCACCGCACCCACAAGCCUGACAUAUUCCCACGACGGUGCUCACUUCUUCGGCGGCUCCCAGGAUAAAAUCGUCAUUUUCGACCUGCAAGAGACCAACAAACCCAUUCACACAAUCGCCACCAUACCCGCCCGCCGCAACAAACUCAAAGGCGGAGGACGCGGCUUCAAAGGAUACAUCUCAGCGCUAUCCCUCUCCCCACCCGCGCCAUCUUCGCGCGAUGGCCUCCUAGCCGCCGGAUCACGCACCCGCCACAUCGGCAUCUAUGAUCCCCUCAGCGGCGCCGAAGUCACCAGCUUUGGCCUCCCCGGCGCAUGCAGCGGCACCAAAUCCCGCAACGAGAAUCUAAAGGACAUCAUAGGAGACGGCGUUUCAUCGCUCAAAUGGAGUCCCUGCGGCAACUACCUCUACGUCGCCGAGCGCAACGCAGACGUCGUGCUCAUCUACGACGUGCGCAGCUUCUCGCUGGCCCUAGGCUACUGUGCGGGUAGACGCGCGCUGACCAAGCAGAAACUCGGCUUCGAUCUUUGGAACGCGGGACAGUCGCCGUAUGAUAUUGAGGCGCUUUCGCAUGAGCUUUGGGCUGGGGGCACGGAUGGGAAGGUCAGGGUGUGGAGGGAUGCGUAUGCCAAGGAAGGAGCUGUGCUGCCGGACGAAAUUAUUAGUGUGGGGAGCGUGGAUGAGCCGGUUGCUGCGUCGCUUGUGCAUCCGUCUGGAGGCUUGGCUGUUGCCGCGACGGGAGUUGUGCGUGUAGAGGAGGAGGAGGAGGAGGAGGAGGAGGAGCAGAGGGGCGUGCUGAGAGGUGGCGGCGUGAGACCGAGAUUUCGCGAAUGGGGGAAUCUUGAUAUUCUGGCGUUGGGAUAG